AUGACGGAUUUGCUUCUGGAUCCAGCAAUCCGUACCUGGGUAUUCCUGCCGAUUGUGGUCAUAACUUUUAUGAUCGGCGUACUCCGUCACUAUGUCUCGCUUUUGCUUAUGAGCAAGAAAAAGGUGGAGUUGGAGAAUGUGGCUGAUGGUCAGUAUUUACUUCGUUCUCGGUUGUUACGGGAGAAUGGGCGAUUCCUGCCGAGAUCGUCCUUUAAUGCUAGGCGCAAUUUCCUUUCGGCUGAAGACCACGGCUAUUUGUCGAAAGCCAUGCAACGUCCAAGUAAAGGUCCAAAUCCGAUGGAUCCGAGUCAAAUGACGGAAAUGCUGAAAGGAAAUAUGAUGAACAUGAUCCCCAUGAUUGUUGUUGGAGGAUGGAUCAACUGGACAUUUUCGGGCUUUGUCACUACACGGGUUCCUUUUCCUUUGACUCUUAAGUUCAAGGCUAUGCUACAACGAGGAGUCGAUCUAGUUUCAUUGGAUUCGGCAUGGGUAUCAUCUGCCUCGUGGUACUUUCUCUGCAUGUUUGGCUUGAGGUCGAUCUACACAUUGGUGUUAGGUGAAGAAAAUGCGGCAGAUCAGUCAAAAGCUAUGGAGGAUCAAAUGAGUGGAGCAGCCAUGUCACCGCAGCAAGAUCCAAAAGCAGCUUUCAAAGCUGAAUGGGAGGCGCUCCAAAUGCAUCAACACCAGUUUGCGCUUUAA